AUGACGCGAACCGGACUGCGGCACCGGAUGACCCUGGUUGGACUAUGCCUCCUGACGACCCCGGCCGGACAGUGGAUCCGAAUGACCCCGGCCGAACUGUGGCUCCUUACUACCCUCGUCGAACUACGUGUUCGGACGUCCCAGGUAGGACUGUGUCUCCGAACAAUCCUGGCUGGACUGAGUCUCCGGACGACCCUGGCCGGACUGCGUCUUUGGACGACCCCGGACGGACGACGCGAACCGCACUACGGCACCGGUGGACCCCACCGGACUUCGUCUCCGGACGACCCCUGUCGGAUUGCGUCUCCAAACGACCCUGGUCUUACUGCGUCCCCGGAUGACCAUGUCCUAACCGCAUCUCCCGACGACCUUGACCCGACUGUGUAUCCCGACGGCCCCGGGCGGAAUGCGUCUUCGGACCACCCCGGCCAGACUGCGGUUCCGGACAAACCCGGCUGGAUUGCGGCUCCGGACGAAACCGGCCGUAAUGCGUCUCCGGACGAACCCGGCCGGAAUGCGUCUCCGGACGAUCCCAGGCGGACUGUGUCUCAGAACGACCCGGGCCGGACUGCAUCUUCGGACGACCACGGCUGGACUGCGUCUCCUGACGACCCCGGCCGGACUACGGCUCCGGACGAACCCGACCUGACUGCGGCUGCGGAGGACCCUGGCCGGGAUGCGGCUCUGGACGAACCCGACCGGACUGCAUCUGAGAACGACUCCGGCCGGACAACGUUUGUGGACGACCCCAAACGGACGAGGCGAACCGCACUACGACUCCGGACUACCCCUCGUACUGCUUCUCCGUACAACCCUGGCCGGACUGUAUCUCCCGAUGACCCCGGCCAGAAUGAGUCUCCCGACGACUCCGGCCGGACUGCGUCUUCGGACGACCCCAGCCGGAUUGCGGCUCCAGAAGAAACCAACCGGACUACGCCUCUGAACGACGCGAACCGAACUACGUCUACGGAAGAUGCGAACCGGACUGCGGAUCCGGACAGCCUCGACCGGACUAUGGGUCCGGACAAACCCGACCGAACUACGGGUCCAGACGAUUCCAGUCGGCCUGCAUCUUUAGAUGACUGGAGUCGCACUAUGUCUCCGGACGAUCCCAACCGCACUACGUGUGCAAACGAACCCGGUCGGACUGCUUGUCCAGAAGACCCUGACCGGACUGCGGCUCCGAACGACCCCUACCGGACUUCGCCUCCAGAAGACCCCGGCAGGAUUGCGUCUUUGAACGACUUCGGGCAGACUGCGGGGCCGGAGGACCCCGUUCGUACUGAAGGUCCAGAUUAUCGCAGCCGGACUACGUCUUCGGAGGACCCAAGCCGCACUGCGUUUUCGGACGAUCCCAGCCGCAUUGCAGCUCCCGAUGACGCCUACCGGACUGCGCUGCGUCGCCGGACGGACGACGCGAACCAGACUACGGCUCAGGACGACCCCGGCCGGACUGCGUCUCCGGAUGACCCCGACCGAAUUGCGUCUCCGGAGGAACACGACCAGACUGUGUCUCCGGACAACCCCGGCCGUACGACGGCUACGGACGACCCCCACCGGACUGCGUCUCUGGACGAACCCCGGGCGGACUACAGGGCCGGCGACCCCGAUCGGUCUGCGGGUCCAGACGAUCUCAGCCGGACUGCGGCUCCCGACAACGACGAACCGGGCCGGACUGCGAGUCAGGAAGACCCUGACUGGACUGCAGCUCUAGACGAUCCUUAUCGGACUGCAGUUCUAGACGACCCCCACCGGACUACGCCUACGGACGACCCCGACAGACUGCUUCUCUGGACGACUCCGAUCGGACUGCGUCUUCGGACGACCCCGGCGGGACUAUGUCUCCGAACGGACGACGCGAGCCGGACUGCAGCUCUGGACGACCCCGGCCGGACUCAGUUUCCUCACGACCCCGGCCGGCCUGCUUCUCUGGAUGACCCUGCCCGGACUGCGUCUUCGGACAACCCCGGCCGGACUGCGUCUCCGGACGACCCUGGCCGGACUGCGGCUCCGAACGACCCCGACCAGACUGAUGGUCCGGAUGACUCCUACCGGACUGCGGGUCCGGACGACCCUAGUCGGAUUGUAGCUCCGGGCGAUCCCUGCCAGACUGCGACUCCGGACGAUUCCAGCCGGACUGCGUAUAUGGACGAACCCAGGCGCACUACGUCUCUAGAGGAUCCCAGCCGCACUGUGGCUCCCGAUGACGCAAACCGAACUACGGCUCUGGCGACGCGAACCGGACUACGGCUCCGUACGACGCGAACCGUACUACGGCUCCGGACGACCCCAGCCUGA